AUGAAGUUCCAAACAUUCAUCGCCGCGACGACGGCAGCGGGAUAUUUGUCCGGCAUGGCCGUGGCGCAAGAAGUAGAAAGCAUUCCAUCUCCGCCUCAACGACACUCACCGAUCGCCUCACUCCUGCCCGGGGCCGAGGCGCUGACACUGGAGACGUGGCGGUCACAACUGGGGCUCGAAGAGCAACCGCUGCAGCCGGCAGAGCACUGGAUCUACCUGUCGGGCCGGGAGACAUGCAACGGCACGGAGAACGUAUGCACGAGCUUCGACGAUGCCAUGGCCAAGGGCUACCACGUGCUGCGAGCGCAGGCGCACGACAAACAAAAGGCCACGCCGCCAGUGCACUUCUCGUACAUCGACUGCGACCAGGAGCCGAUCCUGUGCCACUCGUGGCUGCUAAAGCCGCCGGCGAUCAUGCACAUCGACGUGGACGCGACGGCAGAGAUCCCGAUCCUGCUACGGCCGAUGCGCAUUGCGCCGUCGAACAAGACGGCUGAGGACCGGUACGCGGACACGACGCCGGCGUCGGCGCGCAAAGUCAUCAGCCCCAUCGUCAACGGCGUGCGGCCACCCUCGGACUUCCACGUCUGGGACGGCCUGAUGAAUCCGUUCACGGGCCAUCUCGGGAAGUUGGGCUUAAAUGUCCCCUGGGGCUGGUGGUCGCAUCAUUAUGGCUGGGUCCAGCUGCCGAUCUCGUGGCAUGCCUUCUGCAUGAUUAUUCUGGUUGUCUGUCGUGGCAUGGUUUGGCAGUUGACGCCUAAGCAGAACCAGUCGGCUGCGGAAAUGGUGAUUAAGCCUGGGGUGUUGGGCUUUGAUGGUGAUAGUGUGUUGAACGGGGAGGCUGGGGAGGAAGAGGGGGAUGAGGAUGGGGAUGGACAGGGAGGGGAGGUGAAGAAAGAGGAUAAGAAGGAUCAAUAG